CAAACAAGCAGUUGGUUUUCUGGUCUAGCCGAGAAAACUACUUCGUGCGUGUUCUUUUCAUCUCCGACGACGAAUCUCGGAAUUCGCGGUUGCGAUGGGGACGGCGAGCGGCAGCGAUGUGGAAGCCGGAUUCGCGAAGCUGCAGGGAGAGGAUUUCGAGUACUAUAUGCAAACCUACUCGAUCGUGUUGGGACGGAACUCCAAGAAAUCGACCGUCGACGUCGAUCUCACGAGCCUCGGCGGCGGGAUGAACAUCUCCCGCCACCACGCUCGGAUCUUCUACGACUUCACCCGCCGGCGAUUCGCUCUCGAGGUCCUGGGGAAAAACGGAUGUUUGGUGGAAGGCGUCCUCCACCUGCCAGGGAACCCUCUCGUGAAGCUCGAUUCGCAGGAUCUGCUGCAGAUCGGGGACAAGGAAUUCUACUUUCUGCUCCCGGUGAGGAGCAUUUUGGGCGGGGGGUUAGGGCCGAGGCAUCACGUGCCUGUGGUGCCUACGCCGCCGCAGUACGGGUAUCAUGGGGCGGAGAGGGCUUUGCUGCCGACUGCUGGCGGUGGUGCCGGGAAGAAAGGGAGACGGAAGGACUAUUACGUGGCGGAGGUUGAUGAGGAGGAGGAGAAUAACGGCGGCGGCGGGGGGAGUAGCAGUGGGAAGAAGAUGAGGAGAGAUGGGUACGACGGGUAUGGAUACGGUUCGGGUGGUUCGUACAAUGGUAAAGUUGGGUUUCAUGGAUCAUUAGGUCAGUAGAAGAGGUUGAUGUGUUCUUUCAGAAGGAUGAGAGGGGGAUCCAGCAAAUUGCUGUACGGUUUGGACUUUGGUCUAUAUAUCAUCAUUUUCUCCUUAUAAGCUGUAUUUGCCAUGUAUGGUGGGUGCAUCUACUGACAUCCCCAAAUUAGUGAGCUUGUUUCCAACAAAUCCAGUUGAGUUGCUGAGAUCAAGUCAUUGAUGAUUAGAGUUAGUAGGGACUUCAUUUUGUGGAUAGAAGGUGGAUUCAUUGCUUGAAGCCGUAAACUAUAAGCAUGCUUGAAGUCAGCUAUAGUUUACUUGUUGACGAACAUGGGUUCAUACUUUUUCUCAACUUGAAAACUAGGUUUCUAUUUUUUAUAUCUUUGUAUGGUAAAAUGUCUUGUCUCAUAAGUCAUAUGUAAUCCCUCCUUGAUCUAUGUUUGUUUUGCUGUCUGUUUGUUGGAAUUGUCAUGGCUCUAUAUUCUGCUCCUGCAGAGAAUAAGGCAGAUGGAAGGUCUAGAGCUGACCGUGAUGCAGAUGAUCAACAACUCAAACAGUUAGAGGAAAAGGAUGUGGUGUCAUCCGUAGCCACCGUGCUAUCUGAUCUAUGUGGGCCUGGAGAAUGGAUGCCUAUGGAGAAACUCCAUGCGGAGCUGUUGGAACAGUUUAGCAGCGUGUGGCAUCACAGUCGAGUGAGAAGAUAUCUAACAUCUGAGGAGUGGAAGAGCCCCGAAGCCAAGGAGAAACCAUGGUACGGCUUGCUCAUGUUGCUGAGAAGAUACCCCGAGCAUUUUGUCAUAAACACAAGGUCCAAAGGCCGAGUCACCUUGGAGUUCGUCUCCUUAGUUUCACUGCUCUCAUAGGUAGGGCCAUUUAGAGCCUUACCUGGGAUGGAGAUUAAUUAGAGCAUGCUUUUGUGUGAAGAUGUAGUUGUAAACUAGGGUUCUUCUUGUUGUAGUUUAGCGGGUAGUGAUAGAAGUCUUUGGCAUCCCUAUCAGAGUUAUGCAGUUUUAAUCGUUCCCUCCUUCUAACCUGCCCCAAACUCUGUAUCUACCCCAAACGACACUCAAAGACUCAACUUAUUGCGUGGAGCUUGCAAUGCUGAUUUUGUUUCAGACUUUGCGUUUGGAGAUGAAUAGCCCCAAAUUCUGGUGGUUGGCAGAUAGCACGGUGAUGGCAGCUGUAAACUCAUACGAAAAAACUGUUUCGAGAAAUCGCCUAAUCUACGGUAAGAACUUGCGAAUAACAAUAAACCUGUAAUAAGCU